AUGGAGACGACGUCGGGGCUGCCGACGAUCGCCAACACACUUAAACUGUCACUCAUGCGCAUGAGCUCCAAGAAGCACACGGUCGAGAAGAAGAUUCUACGUGGAGUGAGUGGCGUGCUCAAGCCAGGCUCCAUGACGCUCAUUCUCGGCCAGCCUGGGUCCGGUAAGUCGUCGCUCAUGAAGGUCCUGAGCGGGAGAUUUCCAGUUGACAACCGUCUCGACGAGGACGGCGAGGUGACGUACAACGGCAAGUCGCAAGACGAACUUCGUCGUCGCCUGCCCCAGCUCGUGCCAUACGUCGACCAGCAAGACAAGCACUUCCCGACUCUCACAGUGAAGGAGACGCUGGAAUUCGCGCACGAAUGUAACGACGGGGGGCUGUCAACACGUGACGAAGAGCAGUUCGUACAUGAAACAAGCGAAGAGAAUGCAGCGGCGUUGGAGGCUGCUAAAGCGAUGUACAAGCACCACCCGGACGUGAUCAUUCGGCGGUUGGGGCUGGAGAACUGUCAAGACACGAUCGUGAGGAACGCCAUGCUGCGUGGCGUGUCCGGCGGCGAGCGGAAGCGCGUGACGACAGGGGAGAUGGCGUUUGGCAGCAAGAACGUGCUGGUGUUGGACGAGAUCAGUACAGGGCUGGACAGCGCUGCAACCUUCGACAUCGUCUCGACCCAGCGUAGUCUCGCUAAAAAGUUCCGCAAGACUGUGGUGAUUUCCCUGCUGCAGCCUCCUCCAGAGGUUUUCGAGCUCUUCGACCAAGUCAUUCUGCUGAACGAUGGCUACGUCAUGUAUCACUGUCCUCGACAGCGGGCGUUGGCCUACUUUGAGAGCUUGGGCUUCAACCAAUUCGCAGAGGCAUUCGAGCAGUCAGACAUCUACCAGCGCACGGUAGAGGACCUGGACGCGCCUCUCGCCUCCCAUCUGGUCGAAGAUAGCAAGCACUACGUGGACUCGCUUCCGGCGUUUCGUCAGAGCUUCUGGCAAGGAACAGCCACACUCAUCCGGCGUCAGAUGAAGAUAACAAUGCGGAACAAGGCGUUGCUGAAGAGCAGGCUCCUCAUGGCGAUCUUCCUGGGGCUGCUGAACGCGAGCACCUUCUGCCAGUUCGAUGAGACAGACGCGCAGGUGGUCAUGGGCAUCUUGUACGUGUCCAUCAACUUCGUCAUGCUCGGCCAGUCGGCGCAAGUGCCGACGUUCAUGGCGACGCGAGAAGUCUUCAACAAGCAGCGAGGCGCCAACUUCUACCGCACCUCGUCGUUCGUCCUCGCUACGUCCGUGAGCCAAGUCCCCCUCGCGCUGCUGGAAGCGCUGGUCUUCGGCUCCAUCAUGCAUUGGAUGUGCUGA